AUGAGCCCUUCGUGCGUCAAGUUAUUGUAAAUCGCUCAGCGACUCCCUCGACCUCAGAUUCACUCUAAUAAAUGAACAGCAAGACAUCCAAACGAGCACAGUGAUCUGAGUCGCGAAUCAACCCUCUUCAAUCAUGAAUGAUCUCAAGUAUGAGCACGAUAUUAUCGUGCCGUCAGUGCCUAAUAAGAUGCACCCAUUCAGGUGCAUGAACCUGCUUGCAGGCUCUGGAGGUCUUCCUAUCUUCAUCACCUUCGAUGUAGGCCCACUGGUUCAACUACGCGGAUCGUACGAAGCCCUCUCCUACGCGUGGGAUCAGGCUCAAAAGUCGGCCAAAGUAUUCGUCCUGAGAGACUCACCCGAAGAUUAUGCCCGGCGGUACAUACUCGUUACCCCUGGCCUGCACAGCAUUUUGAAGAAUUUGCGGCAUCCCACUCAAACCCGACGUCUGUGGAUCGACCAGCUCUGCAUCGAUCAAGAUGACAACAAGGUUGAGAAGGGGGGGCAAUUCGCGAUCAUGCGGUUGAUAUAUGAAGAAGCCGCAAUGACUUUUGUGUUCCUCGACCAACCAUCUUCAACCGAGAGGCCAAUUUUGCCACUAUUGGACAAGAUGGAAGAAUUCAAGAAUGAGAUAGACGAGAAAUUUUAUCGCCCAUACUGGACGGCAUACACCUCACUCACGUUUGCUCGUCGAAAUGUUUCUAAGUUGAAAUUCAAACCGAAACUAGAUGAAACGAUACAUACUGUGGAUGGUGGACACGAUAUCCAGACAUAG